AUGGCAGCCGGAAGGCAAAAGCUGACUGUACCAACAAUAGAAGCAGCUAGCACUGGCAGAAGGGAAAUUAUCUCCAUGCUAGGCAAAAAUUAUGGCUGUGGACAGUGUGGUGCUCCUCCACCUGGCCCUCCACCGGGUGCCCCUGGUCAAGUGGGGCCUCCAGGGGCAGUGGCAGUCCCCCCUGGCGCAAUGGGUCUUGUUCCCCCCCAACAACCUCAUCAACCCCCGCAGCCUCCUGAGUUGCCCAUGUUUAAUUGCCCUAGAAGACCAAAUCUUGGCCGGGAAGGAAGACCUAUUGUAUUGCGAGCAAAUCAUUUUCAAAUUUCGAUGCCAAGAGGGUUUGUCCACCAUUAUGACAUUAAUAUUCAACCAGACAAGUGCCCUAGAAAGGUGAACCGUGAAAUAAUAGAGACAAUGGUGCACGCAUACAGCAAAAUAUUUGGAACACUAAAACCCGUUUUUGAUGGUCGAAAUAAUUUAUACACAAGGGAUCCAUUACCAAUUGGUAAUGACAGAGUUGAGUUGGAGGUGACUUUGCCAGGCGAAGGCAAAGAUCGUGUAUUUCGUGUUACAAUAAAAUGGAUUGCUCAAGUGUCAUUAUUUGCCUUGGAAGAGGCCCUUGAAGGGCGUACAAGACAAAUUCCUUAUGAUGCCAUAUUGGCAUUGGAUGUUGUAAUGAGACAUUUGCCUUCCAUGACUUACACACCAGUUGGCCGUUCAUUUUUCUCAUCUCCUGAUGGGUAUUAUCAUCCUUUAGGUGGAGGUCGUGAGGUGUGGUUUGGAUUUCAUCAGUCAGUACGUCCAUCUCAGUGGAAAAUGAUGCUCAAUAUUGAUGUUUCUGCAACUGCUUUUUACAAAGCACAGCCAGUUAUAGAGUUCAUGUGUGAGGUCCUGGACAUACGGGAUAUAAAUGAGCAGCGUAAACCACUGACAGACUCUCAACGUGUUAAAUUCACGAAAGAAAUAAAAGGUUUGAAAAUUGAAAUAACUCAUUGUGGAACAAUGCGACGAAAAUACAGAGUCUGUAAUGUUACAAGGAGGCCAGCACAGAUGCAGUCGUUUCCACUGCAGCUAGAGAAUGGUCAGACAGUUGAGUGUACUGUAGCUAAAUAUUUUCUUGAUAAAUAUAAAAUGAAGCUAAGGUACCCCCACCUGCCUUGUCUACAGGUCGGACAGGAGCAUAAACAUACAUACUUGCCACUGGAGGUGUGCAAUAUUGUGGCUGGACAGCGUUGUAUCAAGAAGUUGACAGAUAUGCAGACAUCAACUAUGAUAAAAGCUACAGCGCGUUCUGCUCCCGACCGUGAGCGUGAGAUAAACAGCUUGGUGAGGCGAGCUGAUUUCAACAAUGAUGCCUAUGUACAGGAAUUUGGGCUCACCAUCAGCAACAACAUGAUGGAAGUGCGCGGACGUGUCCUGCCCCCACCCAAACUACAGUAUGGUGGCAGGGUUAGUUCGCUCAGCGGACAGACAAAGCAACAAGCAAUGCCCAAUCAAGGUGUGUGGGACAUGCGAGGCAAACAAUUCUUUACUGGUGUUGAAAUAAGAGUCUGGGCAAUAGCUUGCUUUGCUCCCCAGAGAACAGUGAGAGAGGAUGCAUUGAGGAAUUUUACGCAGCAACUUCAAAAAAUAAGCAAUGAUGCAGGGAUGCCAAUAAUUGGACAACCUUGUUUCUGUAAGUACGCCACUGGUCCUGACCAAGUCGAGCCAAUGUUCAGGUAUCUGAAGUCAUCAUUUACGGCACUUCAGCUUGUAGUGGUGGUUCUUCCUGGAAAGACUCCAGUGUAUGCUGAAGUAAAACGUGUUGGGGAUACAGUACUUGGAAUGGCCACACAGUGUGUUCAGGCAAAGAAUGUGAAUAAAACUUCGCCCCAAACUCUGUCUAAUUUAUGCCUCAAAAUAAAUGUUAAACUUGGAGGUAUUAACAGCAUUUUGGUUCCAAGCAUUAGGCCGAAAGUGUUCAAUGAGCCAGUAAUAUUUUUGGGUGCAGAUGUCACCCAUCCUCCUGCAGGUGAUAACAAGAAACCUUCUAUAGCAGCUGUUGUAGGUUCAAUGGAUGCUCACCCUUCAAGAUAUGCAGCAACAGUUAGAGUCCAGCAGCACCGCCAGGAAAUCAUCCAAGAACUGAGCAGUAUGGUCAGAGAGUUGCUGAUAAUGUUUUAUAAAAGCACAGGAGGUUAUAAACCACACCGUAUCAUACUAUACAGAGAUGGUGUGUCAGAAGGACAAUUCCUUCAUGUUCUUCAGCAUGAGCUAACUGCAAUCCGUGAAGCAUGUAUAAAGCUGGAAGGAGAUUAUAAACCAGGGAUAACUUUCAUUGUUGUCCAGAAGCGACAUCAUACUAGGUUGUUUUGUGCAGAUAAGAAGGAACAAUCAGGAAAAUCGGGGAACAUACCUGCUGGAACUACAGUAGAUGUUGGUAUUACACAUCCUACGGAAUUUGACUUCUAUCUGUGUAGCCAUCAAGGUAUUCAGGGCACAAGUCGUCCAAGUCAUUAUCAUGUUCUUUGGGAUGACAAUCAUUUUGAUUCAGAUGAAUUGCAGUGCUUGACCUAUCAGUUGUGCCACACUUACGUACGCUGCACUCGUUCUGUCUCUAUACCUGCUCCUGCGUACUACGCCCAUCUUGUUGCCUUCCGUGCUCGCUACCAUCUAGUGGAGAAGGAACAUGACAGUGGAGAAGGCUCACAUCAGUCAGGUUGCAGUGAAGACCGCACUCCUGGAGCUAUGGCACGUGCGAUAACAGUGCAUGCUGACACUAAGAAAGUGAUGUACUUUGCGUAAUGAGUGUAGUAGAACUAUUAAUUGAGACUCAUUUAUUUUAAAUGUCUUACGAAGAGACUUCAAAUAGUCUUCGUUUGACUGUGAUGACAUGUGCUUCACUCAGGCGACGUUCCUUGUGAAGCUGUGGAGGAUUUGUUGAACUGAAAAAAAUAAUUGAAACACCAAUUUUCUUCAGAAUUAAUGAGGAAAUAAUUAAUUACUCAUGGAAAUGAGCAGCUAUAUGGUGAAGAGAGAUUGUUCAAGUAUUUGUGUGCCUGUGUGUGCAUAUGUUGUAUGUUUUUUAUGUGUGUGUAUUUUCAAUCACGUCCGUCACAAAAAAGACUCAAGACAAUAGGUGACAUGCCGGGUAAAUGGUAAAUGCAUUUAUCAUGUUGUGAUCCAAUUUUUAAAAUGUGGAUAUGUUGAUGUGUUAAUUUGAUAUAACAUGUACCAGAAGAUUUUAAAGGAGAUGCUAAGGUUUCCAUUUUAUUUAUGUAAAUUUAUGAGUGUAAGCAUUGAGCACUGUGUGAUGCUUGAAGCGAAGACAUAUAUUGUGAUGAAAAAAUGUAACAUGUAUCAUGUGCCGAGAUCUUUUAGAACCUUUUCUGUGUUAUGCUAGUAAUCAUAUUGUGUGCACAGAUAUUCUCUCUCUCUCUCUCUCUCUCUCUCUCUCUCUCUCUCUCUCUCGUGUGUGUGUGUGUGUGUGUGUGUGUGUGUGUGUGUGUUUCCAUGCAUGUGGUUGGGUGGGACAGGAAAGAAUAUGUAGUUAGUAUAAUUUCAGUUGCAUUAUUUGUUUGAUAGCAGUUUAUUUGUACAAUAAUUGUGUCACCAAAUCUGUUUAAGGUUGCACAAUGUAUAAUCUUUCUGCACUUUUGGCACUCAAACCUUGCAAAGGGACAUCAUGAACUGGGAAUAAUUAAUCUUUCUGUUUGUUAAAUUAUGUAAAGUUUUUGGAUUUCUUCUUGUUGAGAUUUGAGUCAUUGCUAACUAAUUGUAC